AUGUCCGCACGAAGUCGUGGCAGGGGGAACCCGAACCAGGACGCCGACGAGGAGAGACGGCUCUGGAAGGAGAUCAAGGACAAGGCGAAAGACGUCGAUGGCAUGGUAGUACGUAUUCAGUGACCCUGCUUCAGUCGGAGGCGCUCUUCAUGAGUGGAGACACAUCCGGUAUAAUGUGUGCAACACCCAACAGAUCUCGUACUGACACCGGUAUAUAGGCACGUUCAAACGAGAUCGGCAAGGAGAUCCUGCAGGUUGAGUCUCAGCAGGCGGCCCUCCUGGAUUCCAAUAAGUCUAGCGAUGCUGCGCUUGACGAGCGGCUGGAAAAGCUAUACCGGGAGAAUGUCAAGCUCUGCGAGGACGUACAGCACAUCAUCGAGGGCAAAUCGAACGACACAAAUCUACUAGACAGCAUCAACAUUCUGGCAGGCCUCCGAGCUGCCUCGGAACAGGAUGCUGCUCAUCUGCAGGCAAGCCAAGGGCAUCGUGCAGCAAGUGGCAAGCUGUCUAGAGCACCCAAGAAGGGUGGGAGCAAGAGCGCUUCUGCCGUCACUGCUAGCACCGAAGAGGGAGACGAAGUCUCUGCCGCUCCUUCUCCGAGAAUCAGCAUAGGCGCUGCGAAUCGGCUUUCGACAAAAGAGAAAUCCUCCCGCUCUGGCAGCAUACCCGCCACAAGGGAGGCCUCAGUCAAAAUCGAAGACGGCGCUGAAUCUGUUGCUAGCAGCGCAGAUGGCGUCUCGGCCGCUGCAGGGACAGCCAAAUCUUCAGGAAGUAACCGACCAUCUAACCGCUUGGUCCUGAAACUCGGAGAGAUCGUCUUUUGCCGACAUGACAUGAAGAACUACGAUCCGAAGAAAGGUGAUCCUCCGGAAGGCGAGGGCAUACUAUGUCGAGUCACCAAUGUGAUCGGAGAGGGCAAGCAACGGCGGUACGAGGUCCAGGACGCAGACCUGCAAGCAGACCCGCCACCACCUCAGCGCGCGUCGGUCUCGCAGCUCAUCCAAAUACCUGAGGAUAACAGAGGACUGAGUGAUCUGCACAAAACGAAGUCAGUGCUCGCACAAUAUCCUGACACUACGACGUUCUAUAAGGCGGAGGUGAUCGAGGAUUGGCGGGCGAAGGAGCUCAACAAGGAGAAAGGCGAGAUGGUUCGCCUAAAUUUCCAGGAUGACGAGGCACCGCGUGAGGUCGAGCGAAGAUUUGUAUUGUCUGAAAAAUGA